AUGUACGCCACGGCAGUCAUUGACAAAGAUGAGAAUAUGACUCUGCCCUCUCGCCAUCGGCGGAUUUCUGGUCAUUUCGAAGACACCGACGUCGAUUUCAACAUCUAUUUCCCCCCAGAGACUCAGUGCCAGGGUCGUUUCUUCAGCUACGUCUAUCCAGACCAGAACUCCACGGCCAUAGACCGGCGGAUUGGCUUUGCGCUGGACAGUGGUGCCUACCUCAUUCAAGUCUCUGGCACUUCGGGAUAUCGCGCCGACGCCGCCGCUGCGAAGUUCUCUCGGUCCAUUUUGGCCAACUACUAUCGCUCGGUCCCCGAACACGUCUACGGUUACAUAUAUGGCGGCAGUGGAGGCUCGUACAUGACGAUAGGUGCAAUGGAGAACACUGUCGGUGUCUGGGACGGGGCAGUGCCCAUCGUGAUAGCCACACCAGUUUCAAUUCCGUUGAACCACGCGGUACGCAACCUGGCCUCAGCAGUGCUCAGGAACAAGUCAUCCCACAUCGUUGACUCAAUCAGAAGUGGAGAUGUGGGAAACGCCAUGUCGAACCUCAGCGAGGCUGAGGCAUCUGUGUUCAGGGAAGCGACGCUUUUGGGCGUUCCGAUGGAAGCCUGGGAAAACUUCAGCGGCCUCGCGAGCAGCCGAAUGCUGAAAGUUCUAUUGAGCUCGGUCAAAAACAUCGAUCCUUCUUACGCGGACGACUACUGGAGCAAACCAGGAUACAUGGGGACUGAUAAUUCUACUCUAUCCGACGUGCUUCAUCGCAACUUUGUCAAUCUCACAGCGACAGUGAAGGAGGUCAUCGAAACCACCGGAGAUGUUGACCUCGUUUCUAACGUCACACUUGAGGGAGUGACUGACAAAAUUGUCAAUUUCGACGGUCUGGAAUUCACCUUCCUCGAUACGGACUGUUCGUCCAAGGUUGGCACCUUGACCGGGACCUGGAACCCCAUCACCAAAUCAAUCAUGGUGACCAAGGACAAUUCGGACAUCGUGUUGGGCAAUCUGACCCAGGGUCGUCGAAUACGCGUCGAUAAUAGCUGGUUCAUUGCAAUGCAUACAUACCAUCGCCAUCAAAUCCCGAAUCGACCCGGUUUCUACGGAUUCGAUCAGUUGAUGGGACCCGACGGAGCCCCUUUGUAUCCCCAGCGAGCCGUACAAGCCGCUGUCGAAGUGGCCAAGGGCGCAUGUGGCGGUUGCACCCAUAGCGGCAACAUCACUGGGAAGAUGAUAAUAGUGGACAACCUGCUUGAUAGCGAUGCCUUCCCAUGGCAUGCAGAUUGGUACAAGUCUCAGGUACAAAGGGCUCUCGGUUCCAGCUUCGAUAACAAUUUCCGGUUGUGGUACAACGAGCGCGCCGACCACUUCUUCGAGCCUGUCGCGGAGAAUCUGAAAGACUUCAUUGUGGACUACACUGGGAUGUACGAGCAUGCGAUGCGCAGUCUCAGUGCCUGGGUUGAAGACGGCAUUCAACCACCGACAUCGACGAGCUAUCGAGUUCAAAAUAGCCAGGUCGUUCUUUCCGGCAAAGCAGACGAGCGCCAUGGUAUCCAGCCCAUUGUUGAGCUUUCCAUGAAUUCGUCGCUUAUUGGAUACAUUCAAAGGGGGGCCGAGGUGAAUCUCACCAUGCGGGCGGUAGCACCUGUUGGGGCUGGCAAAAUCGUCGCUGUCGAUUGGGACUUUCUGGGAGCCAAGAAGUUUGAAAGCGUGCCAAUUGGCGAACCUAACGAGAUCGUUGACUUGAAUGUUCCGUUCGUUUAUGAAAAUGUCGGUACGUAUCUGUGUGUGGUUAAGAUUACUGCCCAACGUGAUGGAAACUCGUCUUCCCAAUUUGCUCGGGUAAGCAACUUGGGGCGGAUGCAGGUUGUAGUUGGUUGA